CAGGGUGGGGGUGUUGCACGGGGUCCUGUUCGUUGGCGUCGCCCGCCUCUUUCUCCAGCCUAAGCGCCCCGCCUCAGAUGCCGUUGCCGCCCUUCCCCCUCCUCCUCUUCUUCUUCCAGGCGCGUGUCUGACGGGCCGUCGGAACCGGCUGCGAGGCAGGGCCGGAUGGAUGGAUCCCCGGGUUGCCUGGAUCCAGCCCGAGCAGAAAGGCCCCGCCAAUGCGCUCUGGAUGCAGAUCUGGGAGACCUCGCAGGGCCGAACCGGCGGCGGCUCUUCGACGUCCUCGCCGUCUUCGCCUGCCUUCCCGCCGACGGCCGCCACCCGCUAUUCCUUCUGUCGGUUUAGCCCGGCGGCGGCGGCGGCGCCCCCACAGCCCCGCUCGGAGGCCUCCGUUGCUGCUGGCGGACCUCUGUCGUCUCCUCAGCUGAUCUCCAAGCCGGCUUCCCUGCGCCUUCUCCCUGCCCAGAGCGCGGAAAGACGAGCGCCGCGCCUGCUGCUCCUCCAGAAGGCCCCGUCGGCGUCCCUCUCCUCCUCCUGCUCUUCCUCCGAGUCUGGCGCUGACAGCCCCGGCGGUGGUUCUUCCUUGUCGCCGUCCUGCGUCCGGCCCGGACUUGGGGGGCCGCCUGCGGCCUCUGGCAAAAUCUUGGCAGGCGCCGCUGAAGCGAAUUCAGUGAAGCAAGAAGAGCUGGAGGAGGGAGGAGGGCAGGCCCCGCGGGCCUCCGGCGUGGCCGUUACCGCCCCCUCCUCUCCCCAUCCCCAUUACUACCAUCACCACCACCACCACCUCCACCACCACCAGUACCACCCGGGGCGCAGGAAACGAGAGAACAAGGCCAGCACGUAUGGGAUGAACUAUCUGCUCUCGGGCGGCUGUGUCGGCACCGUCCGCAGAGGGACCGGCCCAGCUGGCGAAAGUGGCCCCUGCUCUCCAGCCCAAGCCGGUUGCGCCCUCGCUCUAGGCACGCCUUGGAAAAGUAGGCAAUACAGCUCAGGUAUACAAGGGCUCCAUGAAGAAAUAAUUGACUUUUAUGACUUUAUGUCCCCAUGUCCUGAAGAAGCGGUUAUGAGACGAGAAGUUGUGAAAAGAAUAGAAACUGUCAUCAAAGAUCUUUGGCCUACAGCUGAUGUUCAGAUAUUUGGAAGUUUUAGUACAGGACUUUAUCUGCCAACAAGUGAUAUUGAUUUAGUGGUUUUUGGAAAAUGGGACAGCCCACCUCUCCAGCAGCUAGAACAAGCCCUAAGGAAACACAAUGUGGCCGAGCCGCAUUCGAUUAAAGUACUUGACAAAGCUACAGUACCAAUAAUUAAACUUACAGACCAGGCUACAGAGGUGAAAGUUGAUAUUAGUUUUAAUGUAGAAACUGGUGUGAAGGCAGCUCGACUUAUCAAAGACUACAUGAAGAAAUACUCAUUGCUGCCUUACUUGAUUUUAGUAUUAAAGCAAUUCCUUCUUCAGAGAGAUUUGAAUGAGGUUUUUACUGGUGGAAUUAGCUCCUACAGCUUAAUUUUAAUGGCAAUUAGCUUCUUACAGUUGCAUCCAAGAAUUGAUGCUAGAAGAUUUGAUGAAAAUCUAGGAAUGCUUCUAAUAGAAUUUUUUGAACUCUAUGGAAGGAAUUUUAAUUACUUAAAAACUGGUAUUAGAAUAAAAAAUGGAGGUGCCUAUAUUGCCAAAGAAGAAAUCAUGAAAACCAUGACUAAUGGAUAUCGACCAUCCAUGUUAUGCAUUGAAGAUCCCCUACUGCCUGGCAAUGAUGUUGGAAGAAGUUGUUAUGGUGCCAUGCAAGUAAAGCAAGUUUUUGACUAUGCCUACAUUGUUCUAAGCCAUGCAGUAUCACCACUUGCAAAAUCAUAUCCUAAUAGAGAUUCAGAAAGUACUUUAGGUAGAAUUAUUAAAGUGACAGAAGAAGUGAUUGACUACAGAGCAUGGAUUAAGAAAAAAUGGGGAAACAAAGCUAACUUUUCAUCUGAUCUUGAUGUUCAGCUGAAAGAGAAAGAAUCAAUAUCUUCAGAGAGUGCAACCCAGAAUAGAGAGGCCGAAUUGCUUUACAACCAACCUUUGACUUUGUCAUUUACUGAUAUGCAACAAUUAUCAUCAGGUUCAUCUGCCUCUUCAGUGUCAUCUCUUUCUGGAAGUGAUGUCGAUUCUGAUACUCCACCUUGCACAACUCCUAAUAUAUACCACUUCAGCCUGCAAGCACCAAAUCCACUUACGGCUGGAAUACAUCCGGCAUUAACUAUGCCAAGUGGUAAAAAUCAGUCUGUGCCUGCAAGAGCAUUGAUUAUGGCCACGAAUAAUCAGCAGCACAAUGGAGUGAAGUUUACUGUGAAAGGAGCUCAUAAUCAAGGCAGUGGAUACAAUUCUGCCAGUAAUGGAGCUGUAAGGCAGCCAGUUAGCAACAGAGGUCAUCACCAACACAACCGUAAUAUUUGGAGGAGAAAGAAGUACAGGGACAGUUUGCCUAUUAGCCUUAGCAGAUAAUGGCCAACUUCAGAGUCCUCUUUAGACUAAUGCAGUGUGUGUGAUACUGCUCUGGGAGGAUUUGAGACCAGCACUGAGUACAUCUGUCUGUGGAUGUUGCCAAAUAUCUGCAUCCAAUGUUUGCAUGUUUCGUGUGUGGUGGUGGAGUCCAUCUUAAAAGAAAUAAUUGUGCUUAUCGUGAAGCCUUAUUAACUGUGGAAGUUUGUCUUCUGCCUAUCCAUGAUUAUUACAGUGUUGAAACAGCUCUGGUAAGAUUAUUGGGAGGACCAUAAAUGCUGUGGCUCUUUGCUGUAGCUGCAUUUGUUCAUAAUUGGUUGUUUUGUUUUCUUGGAAGGAUAAUGGGUUGCUUGAAUGUUACUUUCCAUUACAAAACUUUAUUUGUGGCAUUGUUUACCACCUUCCCAUUCCUUCUAAAACUGGUUUUGUUGCCUUACUCACAUCAAACAUAACGUGCAAUAACUUGGAAUGUUUUAAUCAUGAAAAUAUUUAUGAAACUGAGGGUGUGCACAUAUGCACACAUAUCUGUUUAUGUCUACUUGUGUGUGUGUGAGAGAAAAAUUUUCUUUCUGUUUUUUACAGAUCCUUUCCCAAGUUGCAUUUUCUAAGUUGGGUUCAUGCUUCUGGUGGAUUAGCUAAGCAAUCAAUUUUAACACAUCAAGCUAAUAAUGUUGGAAGCUUCCUGAUUUGUAGAAGAACUGUUGAUCUGGCUUAAGUAUUUAUAAUAAUGAUUGAGUUAAAAGGCAUUUUGACUAGUUACCUUACUAGUCUGGCAUGUAAUGCUAAAUUCAAUUUUAUGAGAUAAAAUGCCAUCUAAUGCUCUUACAGAUCUCAUGUUUAUUUUAGUGGGGAUCAUGUACAAAAAUUUGAAUCUUUAACGUAUUUUCUACAGCUGGACAAAAAUUACUAUUACAAAUCAAGAUAUAUAUAUAUAUAUAAUUUCAGUAAAGAGUCAGGGAUAUAUGUGUGUGGGUAUGUAAUGUGUGGUGUGUGUGUGUAUAUAUCUCCCUGACCCUUAACUGCAAAUUACAGAUACCAGUUCAUCAAUUUUAUUUACCUUCUGAUUGCUUGGGCCAUUGUUAAAUAAAGCAUCCAACUUGAAGAAUGUGGAGAAAGGAAUGUGUAGUGAUUCCAUUCAGGAAUCUGAUUAGCAGCCUGCAUUAGUUCUGUUGAGAGCAACUACCUAAAAUGUAUCUUCUGGCUUCUCUAUGCAUUCUGAAGUGUUAGUCUGUUGUUUUGUAAGAACACAGCCCACCCAGUGGUAUUGAGAUAAUCUGUAUGGCAAGCAACUGAUUUAAAGAUGCAUACAGAUAUACUAUGCAAGUGUAUAUCAUCAUGGCAACAUAUUUGCUUUAUUUUAAAGCCCCAAAUUGUGUAUACAGCCUACCCUGCAUUUAAAAAGUACCAUGUUUCUUACUAUCGCUUACUCCAUUUUUUUAUGCUUCCCUCCCCCCCUUUGUUGAGAUACAAAUUCUUAAAAUUUGGAAAGCACUGUGUUUAGUAAUUCUGCUUGAAGAAAUUCUGUCUUGACAUCUUAAAUUGUACAUGGAAAUGAAUUUUCUUAAGCAGCGAAUAUUUGGCACAGAAUGGUCAGAAGCUGAUGUAGCACAUGCUAGAGAUUUUUUUUCAAAACAAAUGCAAGGCCUUUGAAUAUCAUGAGAGAAAAGAUUGCAACAUUCCAAACCAGAGUAGCACAUAUUUUGACUACAAUUCAUCUUGAUCUAACGUUAUCUUUUAAAUUGAUUGUAAGAUAAUCAGAAAGACAGGCAUAAAAUACAAGGUUUAUUAUACUAGCCAGCAUCUGUAUGGAAAGAUAUAUAAAGUUUGCAAAUUUAAGGGAAAUUUGAAUGUGAAAGUUACUGAAAAUGUACACUAUGGUUGUUUAUCUCUACCUGCAAAUUGCCCUUAUCACAGAUUAUAUAUUAUUUCCUCUGGAAAUAACUCUUGAACCUUAAAACUAUGUUCUAGAUAUACACGGGUUUUUAUGUCCCCAACCCCAUACAGAAACCCCUUAAGUAUGCUACCCACCUUUUUAAAAAAAGCCUCUCCCCAAAAUUCCUUCCUUUCUCCAAAGCAACGUUUGAUAAUAUUAUCAACCUCUGGUUGUUAAUACUUCAGGUGAACAGUAAUUGGACAACAAAUGAAGAAUAAACAGAUUGUGAAUUGCCAAAACUUCAGCUCUGCUUGAUAUUGGAAUCAGUAUUUUUGUUUUGAUUAUUUUUCAAACCUUAUAAAAGGCUCGUAGUAGAAUUUGGUAUAGGAAGGGAUCUAAACUUGAAUAAACCAUUCAAGGGCUGAUUAUAAACCUAUAAUCAUUCUACAUGCUAGCAAUAUUGACUAUGAAUCUACAUUAUUGAGUAUUGAUGUUCUAAAUAGUUCCAUUUAAAAGCAGGAUAGACUUAAGCAGAUACCAUGUCCCAUUCAGUCAUGAUUAACCAUAAAUUGCACUGGCUAUCACACUGGUUACGUUCUAUGCCUCUGUGGAUGACUGCUAAAAUAUCAUGUUCAUUUUUGUGUGUAAUAACAAUGUGGGAAGCUAAAAAUACAUAUUUUUAUGUGAAGUUUUGUAUUCUUUGAUUUUUAAUAAAUUUUCAAGGCAGGUAUGUCCAUGGUGUAAUGUAGCAUUCUUCAUCUGUCAUUGUGAUCUUUUUAUUUUCAUUCUGUUAUCACAAUUCUGUUUUAUAAUCAAAGUAAAAUUCCAUUUGAUCCAGUAUUUCAUGUAUUAGAGUGUCUAACCAAAUCAUACUAAGACAUUUAUAAAAAGAUCAUGAGAGAUAGCUAGCCCUUUUAGUGGUCUGAGAGAGAUUGUCUUUGAAUCUGGAUUGAGGUGGGCCAAUCCUGAUGUUACUUCAGGACAAUUUCCUUGAGAGUAAACCUCCACAAGGUUUUCUUUAAGAUUUUGGUAGCAAUUUUUAUACAGUGUAACUUUGGGGCUACAACUAUCACAUCGAAAAUUAAUGAACUAUAUCAACAGUGUAUUGAAAUUAUUUUGGAAAUAUUAAAGCAAAAUUGCAAAAUA